AUGAAGGUGUCUGGAGAAAAGAUGUUUCAACUCUGGAAGCUUGUUUUCCUGUGCGGUCUGCUCACUGGCACCUCAUUGGCUCUUCUUUCUGAUCUCACUGGUGGCCUGGUAAAUGCUGUGGGCCAGGCAAAUCCUGUCCUCCAGAAUGGGCUUCUAGAGAAUGUAGAAAAUACAGCUGAAGGUGUGCUUCAGAAACUGAAGUUAGACGUGGGGGUGCUUCAGAAUUCCAGUGCUUUCCAGCAGGCCCAGACAAAGAUCCUGGGAGCUGACCACUUGUUGGGCAACAUCCUUUCUAAACUUCAAUCUCACGAUGGUCUUUUGGGAGUGAAAAUCAGCAGAUCUAUGAUCGUGGAUGCCAAACUUGAACCUGCAGCAAAUGGCAUUGGUGCCACCCUGAGGUUACCAAUCGUUGCUAAUGUCACCGUGAACCUGCCUUUCGUAGGGCAGCUGGUCAAUCUGGGCGUGUCUUUGGACCUGCUGACUGGAAUUGAUCUUGCAACCAGUGCCCAGUCUGUCCUCCCCACUGUGGCUGUGGGAGAUUGCGCCGCUGACCCAGCAAGCAUCUCGCUGUCCCUUCUAAACAGAAAUAAUGCCUUGAUCCAAACUGUUGUGGACUCUGUGACCAAAACUCUGAGUAAUGUUGCGUCCCUCCUGAUACAGAACCAAGUGAGUCCCCUACUCUUUGGGCCCAGAGUCAAGUUGCUGGGCAGCUGGGUGCUGGAUUCUCUGGAAAGCUUUUCUUCAGCGGUGUCAAUUUCCUUUCUGAUGCCAAAGGGCCACUCCUCUUACUCCACAGUAAGAAGAUCAGAGGAGUAG